GCCUCCGGGGCGCCGCCGCGCCUGCGUGCUGAGGCCACGGGGGAGUGCGGGCGACGCGGGCAGCGGAGCAGUAAAGAUGGCUGCGCGUGGGUCUCCGCCCUCCGCUCCCGGCUGAGGCGCCUGGCGGCGGCUGCGGCGGCGGCCCGCAGCAGCGGCGGCGAUGGCGGAGAUGGAGCACCUGGGCGGAAAGCGGGCCGAGUCGGCGCGGGCACGGCGGGCCGAGCAGCUGCGGCGCUGGCGGGGCUCGCUGACAGAGCAGGAACCCGCCGACCGGCCGGGCGCGGGGCUGCCGCCGCAGGCUCAGCGCGGGGGCCCGCGGGUCCGCUUCGAGGACGGUGCCGUGUUCCUGGCCGCCUGCUCUAGCGCGGACACCGACGAGGUGAGGCGGCUCCUGGCCCGGGGCGCCGACGUGGACACGGCCAACGUGGACGGCCUGACCGCCCUGCACCAGCCCCCUGUGGAAAUGACACGCCCUGGAUCGGGCUGUAAUCUGUGGACUGCUUGUAUUGAUGAAAAUUUGGACAUGGUGAAGUUUCUGGUGGAGAACGGAGCCAGUGUAAACCAGCAGGACAACGAGGGCUGGACGCCCCUCCACGCAGCAGCGUCCUGUGGUUACCUCAACAUAGCAGAGUAUUUCAUUAACCAUGGAGCCAGCGUGGGUGUUGUGAACAGUGAAGGAGAAGUCCCCUCUGACCUCGCAGAAGAGCCUGCCAUGAAGGAUCUUCUUCUGCAGCAAGUGAAGAAGCAAGGGGUCGAUCUCGAGCAGUCGAGGAAGGCAGAGGAACAGCAGAUGCUGCAGGACGCCCGCCAGUGGCUCAACAGCGGGAAGAUACAGGAUGUGAGGCAGGCGCGCUCAGGGGCCACUGCCCUCCACGUGGCUGCCGCCAAGGGCUACUCUGAGGUCCUCAGACUUUUGACUCAGGCUGGCUAUGAGCUCAAUGUCCAGGACCGCGACGGCUGGACCCCGCUCCAUGCCGCCGCACACUGGGGGGUGAAGGAGGCGUGCUCCAUCCUGGCAGAAGCCCUCUGUGACAUGGACGUCAGGAGCAAACUGGGCCAGACACCAUUUGAUGUGGCUGACGAGGGCCUCGUGGAGCACCUGGAGAUGCUGCAGAAGAAGCAGAGCGUGCUUCGAAGUGAAAAAGAGACACGGAAUAAGCUCAUUGAGUCAGACCUGAACAGCAAGUUGCACGGUAGACUCUUCAAGAACAAAGAGAAGAUGCUCUAUGAGGAGGAGACACCAAAGCCCCAAGAAACGGAGGAUGAAAACAAAGAAUCCAGUAGCUCCAGCUCAGACGAGGAUGAAGGUGCAGAUGAGGCUUCUGAGUCAGAAACCGAGAAGGAGGCGGGUGAUGCCGAGACCCUCUGUCCCCAGAGCACGGCGGGUCGCUGCUUGUCACAAGAUAAAAAGCCGGGAGCCAUCGUCAACCGUUCCGACUCUGAAAGCAAGAGUAGUGCCGCAGAGCCGACACCAGCACCGGCGCAGAGCACCUCCUCCACCUCUUCAGCCAGGAGAUUCUCCGGCCUUUUCAACAAGCCAGAAGAGCCCAGAGAUGAGUCUCCGUCUUCGUGGAGGCUGGGCCUCAGGAAGACCGGCAGCCAGAACGUGCUUAGCGAGACGGCCAGGUCCAGGGAGGCCCUGCGGGACCGGGGCGCGUCCAUCCACCGCUCGGCCUCCAGCCCCCGCAUCUCCGCUGUGCUGGACAACAGAGAAAAGGAGAGAGAAAACAGAAGCUAUCUCAGUUCACUGGGGCCGCGGAGGCUCAGCAGCGCCGGCGACCUGGAGGAGAAGGAGAACAGAGAGUCGGCUGCUCACCUGGUGCGGAGCGGCCCCCCGGCCCGCCCGCUGAGGAGGGACGCAGCGGAGGGGAGCGAGUCUCUGCAGACGGCCGCUCCUUCCAGCCACGUGACAGCCUACCGGAAGAGGCCUCUUCACAAAUCCCAGGCUGACUCCACAGCGGAGAGAACAGUAGACAGUGUGUCUUGCGGCACCCCGCUCUGUGUGAUCACGAAUCGUGCCCCACCUGGCACUGCCAAUGGGGUCACAGCUGCCGCUCUGCUCUCCACUCCUGGGACAGACUCCUCUGUGGAAGCCAGGGAGAGGAGGAGGUCGUAUCUGACUCCUGUACGGGAUGAGGAAGCAGAGUCGUUACGGAAAGCGCGCUCCAGACAAGCUCGGCAGACUCGAAGGUCUACCCAAGGUGUAACCCUGACGGAUCUCCAGGAAGCAGAAAGGACGUUCAGCCGGUCGAGGGCAGAGCGUCAGGCUCAGGAACAGCCCAGCCUGAAGCCCGUGGGCCCCAGAGGGCUUGAGGGCAGCGCCCAGAAGCAUGAGCCCCUAGCAGCCCCUGCAGAGGAAGCUGGGGAGAGCCGCCAGCCCUGGGACCGGAGUCUGGAGGAUCAGCCUGUGUAUCGUCGCCUGAGGUGUCCGGCUCAGCCAGACAAACCCACGACACCAGUGUCACCUCCUGCCCCGAGACCCUCCCUCUACACCAGUUCCUACCUGCUCCGGACGGGUAGGUCUUCAGCCCCUGAUUCAGAGAGUUCAGAGCCCCCCGCCAGCCCUGCAGGGGCAAAGGAAAUGGACAAAAACGAGGGCGCAGAAGCAGAUUUGGGUGAUGAGUCCUCUGACAGGCUGUGCGUUCGUGAGAGGAGGCGGCCCAGGGAGCGACGAAGAGCCACAGGCAUCAACUUCUGGACGAAGGAUGAAGAUGAAACUGAUGUCUCGGAAGAGGUGAAAGCAGCGUGGCAUGAACGACUUUCUAGGUUGGAACUGGGAGGCAGUGACGCCAGCAGCGAGCGGGCCUCGGCCAGAGCCCGCCGGGAGGCCCGCGAGGCCCGCCUGGCCACCCUGAGCAGCCGCGCGGGGGAGGACAGCAGCAGGGACUACCGAAAGCUCUACGAGUGCGCCCUGACCGAAAACCAGAAACUGAAGACAAAACUUCGGGAGGCCCAGCUCGAGCUGGCAGACGUGAAAUCCAAGCUUGAGAAGAUGGCCCAGCAGAAACAAGACAAGACGGCCGACCGGUCGUCGGUGCUGGAGAUGGAGAAGCGGGAGAGGCGAGCCUUGGAGCGGAAGAUGUCGGAGAUGGAGGAGGAGAUGAAGGUCCUGACAGAACUGAAAUCCGACAACCAGAGGCUGAAGGACGAGAACGGCGCCCUCAUCAGGGUCAUCAGCAAGCUGUCCAAGUAGACCAGGCGCUGGCUACCCGGGAAGGCGCCGGGCCCCGCCUCUCCCCCGCCGGCGCCCGCCAGCCAAGAGGAGCCAGAAGGACCUUUCUCUCGCCAUCGUCCAGUGGCCGCCUCUGCACCCUCAGUGUCCCCUCCUCCGGCCCCUGCCCCUGGGUUUCAGACAGUUCUCAUCGAAGCACGACUGCGAUCCCUCAACCGGCAGAGCCGCCUGGUGGAGGUCUCGGGGUCACCAGGCCAGCCGUGGACCUGGCUGCCGGGCCGCUGGUCCACGUAGCACUUGGUCCAGGCCCCAGCCCUGCUGCCACCGCCACGCGCUCUGGCGUGGGACACACAAGGGGAGGCCUCUGGAGCUGCCGCCACUAGAUCCAAGUUGACAGUGACUCCACGUCGGGGUGCCUGCUUGUCCUUGCCUCUCAGGAACUGACUUUUCUCUAACUCCCGCCGGUGGUGAUGGAAUUUUUUCUACCAGCAACCCAGUGGCACCCUGACUGGUCUGAACGCCCGUUCCCUCCGUGUCUGGCCCUCUCCCCAGGGCUCGGGUGACCUGGCUUGCCCUUUCUCUUUCUGCCCUUUUACUUUCCUUCCUCCAUCCACCCCGCGGCACGUGCCCCGGGGGGUAGGCGCUGGGACAGAGCACCGACCCCAGCGGUGUGCCCGGGCAGCGGUACCGCCAGCCUCUCCCUGGCCAAGCCGAGCCGGGCUCAGCUCCCCCUCAUCCUCCCCAUGCAGCGUUUCUCUACUAGAACCCCCGCCUGCCCCACCUCCCUUUGACCUCGUCUCCUCUCCUGAAGAGAAGUGGCGCCGCUGUGAGGAGGCGUGGGGGGCGUCUGAAGCCCCCACCCCUCAUGCCUUGUGCUGUGAGCGUGGUGGGCUUGAUGGCGUCGGGGGCGUGUUCAGGGGAGAGACGAUGGUUUGCUCAGAAGCCAGCAGGAGGAAUGAGUCUGGACUCGGAGUGGCGAGACCCGGUGGCCAAGGCUGUGUCCCAGGGACCCCACCCCGCGGCCAGGGAGCCUCUGGCGGCUGUGCCUUGAUCGCUCGAAAGCUGGGCAGCUUGGAUGAGAGUUGAGGUCUUCCUGAGGGUCCCCCUGUAACAUGACAGCCCUGCCGUACCUGCGGUUGGGGACCCCCAAGGUGCUGAUGCUCCCCUGGGCCUGGAAGUCGGUCCCCACGUGCCCUGCUUUUCCCACCUGCCCCGUCUUGGCUAUCCUUCUCUGGACGAAAACCUGGACAGGUGGCUCCCUUGGUCCAGCACAGAAUUAGGUCAUGAGUUCUUGAUGAUGCCCCAGUAUUAACACUUAAGUGUUUGCUUUUUGUAGGCGCUUUAUCCCUCGGCUGGUUUGAGUGUGCAGGUCACUUUGGGGUUGCCGGAGACAUUCAGUGUGUAGCGGUCCGUUCUCAACAUACGCUACCUCUGCCUGGUUUCUCUUUCUUUCCAGCCCCUUCCAUGGCCCUCAGAAAUGUCACACGCUCUUUAACCCAGAGCCAUGAUCAAGGUCCCAGUUCAGGAUAGGAGAUAUGUCUCCUGGGACAAAACGCCUUUCUCAGAGUUUGCAAACUCUUCCAUGUCCAGCCAUUUCCUGCGAGGAGGGACGCCUGGGUGGGGAUUUGUGUCGUCAGGGCUGGAGUGGGGGGCGGGGGGGAUGCUGAGUCAGAGUGAAGUUUCAUAUCUUCCACUGUAGCGUUUCCUUUGUUCUGGGGGAGGGGACCGGGCACGAGGCCUUGGCCCUGACCCUGACCCUGACUCUCCGGCAUACCCGGGGUGCUGGGCCAGGGCUGGCGUUAGCUGCCUCCUCUUUCUCAGGAAAAGGGAACUGAAUUAUUAGGACGUCACCUGGACUCUCUUGCAUCAGGCAGAGGGGCCGCAGCAAGCCCUCCGCUCCGUCUGUGCCUUUCGGGGGCGCGGGCGGCUCUCGGAACCCGGUCGGGCUGUGUCCCGCACCUCCCUCCAGCCCUUCGGUGUCAGGCCUCUCCACUCAGGAAGCCAGGCUCUGUGGCUGGAGCCUGUGGUGUGGACCAUCCCGUGAUCUCAGGCGCUCUCUCUUAUGCAACUAACUCUGUGAGGCAGACUCUGAAUCUGGUCUCUUUCCAGGCUGUGCUGGUCUGUGAGGUGAUGGCCAGGGGCCUCCUCGCUGCCUCUGGGGUUCCGCCCUGUCACCGUGGUGCCUGGAUGGGUGGUCAGCGCUGGGGGGAGGGCCUCGUCGUCCUUGGCCAGCGGUUUUCUGGACAGGCCGCACCUCUGGGAGUGACAACCAGCCUCUGAGAGUCUGAGUAUCUGGCUGAAGCCUCACUGCUUCGCCUCCUCGUGCCUGAGGCCCCAGGCCUGGCCUUGGAAGGGUCUGAAGGAAGGAUGAGCCCUGGCCUGUCUCCUCGACCCACUUGCAGGGCGUUAGCUUCUCUGCUUCCCUGCCCUGAGCAAAUCGUGUGCAUGUUAGCGCCACUUGGGAUGAAAGGCAGCUGGAAUCCCACUUCUAAGCCUGUGGACCCCACCAAGGUGUGUGUGAACUGCCAGCGUGGAGAGGAGCAGCUCGUUUCCAUCUCCAGGUUUCUGGCCCUGGAGCAGGCCUCUCCCACCCAGAUGGACACAGAGGCCCGGGUGGCGGUGGGCGCUGC